AUGUUACCAACUCCUCACGUUUCAUGCGACUACAACAAAGUUUAUGAACCGUCUGAGGAUUCUUUUCUUGUGUUGGAUGCGCUGGAAAAAGACCAGCCGUUUUUAACCGAGACUCUUGGACCCAACAGCGUGAAUCUAGUGUGUGAAAUCGGUUGCGGGUCCGGGAUUGUAACGACUUUUAUGAUGCAAAACAAUAUACCUAGUAAAUAUUCUAUAUAUGUUCCCACAGACGUGAAUCCUUGGGCUCUUGAGUCCACUGUGAGGACGGCGCAGCGUAACGAGUGUGAACAGCAAGUUUUCAGUCCCGUGCGCAUGAAUUUGGUGCAUUCCAUGCGAGCCAAAGAGAUAGAUCUCUUGGUUUUCAACCCGCCUUAUGUGCCAGCUGAAACGGUACCAGCUAUACCGCAGGACGUGGAGUCAUCAAAGGUUACACCAGGAGAAGACGAUCCACCUGCUGAUUGGCUGGAUCUAGCACUGUUGGGAGGUGAUGAUGGCAUGGUUGUGACUUGGCAAUUACUCAAUAACCUGAACACUUUUCUAUCCGCCAACGGGGUGGCAUACAUUUUGUUCUGUGCAAGAAAUAAGCCCCAAGAUGUAGCCAGGCACAUGCAACAACACGGCUGGAAAGCUGAGUUGGUCGAACACCGCAAAGCCGGCUGGGAGGUACUCAGCGUUUAUAGAUUUCACCAUUAG